UUUAGAUUCUCUUCAUCCCCGUCCCUUCUCGUCUCACACAUAACUCCUCCUCUGUGCUUAGACGCUAAGCUAUUCAUUCAAUGGCGGUUCACGAUGACCCCAUGGUCGUUCCCACCCUCUCUCCGCCCAACACCUACGAAGCCGUGGUCAACGGUGGAACCUUUGACCGAUUGCACGACGGCCACCGCCUCUUCCUCACUGCUUCAGCGGAGUUGGCUAGGCGCCGGAUCGUAAUUGGUGUUUGCGACGGCCCUAUGCUGGCAAAGAAGCAGUUUGCUGAGCUGAUACAGCCCAUUGAGGAACGGAUGCAUAAUGUUGAAACAUUCAUUAAGUCUAUCAAGCCAGAUUUGGAAGUGCAAGCUGUACCAAUCACAGAUCCGUUUGGCCCUUCCAUUAUAGAUGAAAAUUUGGAGGCUGUGAUAGUAAGCAAAGAGACAUUACCGGGUGGAUUGGCAAUAAACAGAAGAAGAGCUGAAAGAGGCCUUUCACAGUUGAAGAUUGAAGUUGUAGAUUUGCUUUCUGGAGAAUCAGGUGAAGUUAAGCUGAGUUCAUCUAUGUUACGAAAGCUGGAGGCUGAAAAGGCCAAACAACCAAGCACAAUAUCUCAGACAUAGUACGAAGAAUUUGUUUAACUUGUUUUUUGUGCGUUUUUGCCAAAAUUUGCAAAGAUGAAUGAUUUGAUGACAAAAUCGUUCCUAAGUUAUGUUGAACUGAAGAAGCAGGCAAGGAAAGACGUUGAAAACGAUCUUGACAUUGAAUUAGGGAAACUCAACCCCACGGAAGACCAUAACCUCUCUCAGUUCUUCCAAGAAGUUGAAGUAACCAAGGUUGAAAUGGAAGAGAUCACCAAUCUCUUAUGUGAUCUUCAGCAACUGAAUGAAGAGACAAAGUGCACACACAGUGCCAAAGUUCUACGUGGUCUAAGGGACCGCAUGGAGUCUGACAUGGUUGCCGUGCUUCGCAAGGCAAGGUUUAUCAAGGCAAGGCUUGAGGCUCUUGACCGAUCCAACAUAACCAAUCGCACUUUAUCAGAAUCCUACAAAGAGGGUACCUCCAUUGAUAGAACAAGAUUGACUGUGACGAAUGGUUUGAGGGUCAAACUUAGGGACAUGAUGAAUGACUUUCAGUCCUUGAGAAACAAGAUUCUAUCGGAUCACAAGGAAGAUUUGAAGAGAAGGUACUAUACGGUAACGGGUGAGGUUCCCACUGAGGAGAUCAUGGAGAAAAUGAUCUCAGGGAGUCUCAAAGUUGAGUUUUUGGCUGGGAAAACGGAUGCUGAUUUGGGCACUCAGGUUAGGCAUGAGGCUGUGAUGGAUAUCCAAAGGAGUUUGAAAAAGCUUCACCAGGUCUUUCUUGAUAUGGCUAUUCUGGUGGAGACCCAAGGAGAAAACGUGGAUAACAUUGAGGAUAAUUUAGCCACUGCGGGUAACUUCAUCCAUGGGGGAACUAACAGUCUUUACUAUGCCAACCAGAUGAAGAAGAAUAACAAAAAAUGGGUCUGUUGGGUUUUUGCUGUGGGGCUGAUUAUACUACUGGUGUGCAUUGUUUCAAUGUUGUCUUCUUGA